AUGUUUCCAUUCACUCCUCAACCUUUUGAGAACGAUUUAACGAAAUUUCUUACAGAGAAUCCUAAUGCAGACUAUAACACAGUUAUUACUCACACCGAUAUCCACCCAACAGUUCGAAAUGAAGCAAUGCCGCUUGUUAAUUACUUAACAACGGAUGAAAAUCUUACAAUAGCGCUUAAAUACAUUUUUAGUGAUGACAAAGAUACAGAUCCAACAAUUGUGAAAGCGAAAAGGAAUACCGUUUCAGUUUUUUCCUCAGUUUGCUUCAAAUUACACGAUAUAAUCACGAAAAACGAAAAAUUUAUCAACGCAUUCAAAGCAUUCCCUAAAUCACCAGAUCUAUAUAAUAACACAUUAAUUUUCGGAAACUUUGCUAGAAUUACAGAAACUUUAGCAAGAUACACUCAAGGAUCAUUUCUAAUGCAAAUCGAUGGCCUUUUCCCAUUCCUUGCCGAACAUGUAAUUGUCAUGGCGUCCCGUGAAUUGCUUACCCGCGUUUUGACUGAUUUUUCGCAACAUCUUCCACCUGAUGAUCUUAAGAACUUGGCUAUCAGUCUUGUUGAUGCUCUCAAGAGCGAUAAUGCCUACUACAUUGCGUCAAUGAUUAAAGACGCAAUUAAAGAAAAAUCGUCGUUAGCGGCAACUUUCCAAAAGAGGGACAUUCUUACAACGAUCAUGGAUGCAGCUGUUCAAGAAAGGACGUCUCCAUUUACUCCAUUGAUCAGAACAGAGAUUUACGUACUUCUUGAGUUAUUAUUCAACCAAAAAGAGAAUUUAAGGCUCCAAUUGGUUCCUAAAUACGAAAACAAAGUUAAGUUCGAUCCAAACAACCUCGAUUGUGCUACAUGUGCUUCUCUUCGCGUGUUUUCUGAACAUAUUCCAGAUUUUAUGGACAAAUUCUUUGAAUCACCACCACAUUCAUAUCUUAACGAGUGCAUUCUUUCUGUUCUGAGGAAGAUUGCUGAAGAAGAUAUGGUUCCUUUCGCAAAAGAUCAAAAAUUAUACGCCAGAAUCUCAGAAGUUUACGGAAAAGAGAAAUUAAAUGGAUACAUAUACGAACUAGCUAAUAUAUGUGCUAAUAAUCCAAGAGUUGUGCAGCAAUGCAGGGGAUGGUUUUCAUUCAAAGACGGUGCAAUGGCUGAGUACGCAAAAGAACGCCAAAGUCGCCUGAAAAACAGACCGAAACAGUCUGUGAAGAAGAGUCCAUCUGAUUUCGACGACGCUACUCCAACUGCGCCAAAAAUUUACUAUAUCGAAGAAGAUAAUGUUCUUGUUGAUUUAUAA